AUGGGCUCUCUGACCGCCCUGCGGACCGUCCUGGUGCUUGGCCUGGUUGGCAGACUGGCAGGAUGCGCUACCGGCCUGAACGGCACGGCGGACCGCUGGGAAGCCCUUUACUCCCGGUCCCUCGCUCGAAUCCAGGGGGAGAAGCGGGAGGAGAGCGGCCGGGACAGCGACUACCUCCUGGGCAUUAAGAGGUUGAGGCGGCUCUAUUGCAACGUGGGGAUCGGUUUUCACAUCCAGGUGUUACCAGAUGGCAGAAUAACGGGAGUACACAACGAACAUCGUUACAGUCUCCUGCAGAUCUCUCCGGUGGAGAGAGGAGUGGUGACCUUGCUGGGCAUUCGCAGCGGACUUUUUGUGGCCAUGAACCGACGGGGAAAGCUGUACGGAUCUUUACAUUACAACAACGAGUGUAAGUUCAGAGAGACGCUCCUUGCCAACAACUACAAUGCUUACGAGUCAGUUGCCUACCCAAGGAUGUUCAUCGGCCUGAGUAAGAACGGCAAAACAAAACGAGGAAACAGAGUGUCACCCGCCAUGACAGUGACACAUUUCUUGCCAAGAAUCUACUGGCCUCAUAAAUAGACUUCACCUCAAUUUUGAGAUUCGGG